AUGCAUCAGGUGUGGCUGUUCUCCCUGGCUCAGUGUGUUCUGUCUGUGGCUGUAAUAGGCGUAAGCAUUAGGCUGUGUAUGGGUUUGGACCCAGGCAGACAAGCCAGGAGUGUUUCCUCCUUCCUCAAGCUCUGUUUGGGCUGUGUAGGGGCCAUCGGUGCCGCUGUAGGUGUGCCAGUCAACAUGCUGCUGAACCUGAGAAGCUCCCAGUGCCUUUACACUUGCGCCAUUCUGGUGUGCUGCCCCUUACUGGUCAGACAGUUUACCGUGUGUCUGCUGCUUUUGCUCUCCAUCAACACACACCUGCAGUGCAGGUUAGGACACAGGUAUGCAGUACUGGUAACCCGUCCGCGGAUACUGUGCCUGGUGCUCCUUAGCUGGCUUUGCUCUGUGGUCACUGCAUUUGCCCAAUUCAUUCUCUCUAACUCUUUGGACACUUGGGGCACAGCCGGGCUUGGAUUCGGAGGGCUUCAACGCCCUAACCAGACCUCACUCAGGCCUCCUCCCAAACUUCCAUAUCAUGAAGAGAAUUCGGUGAUUGGCAAGUACCUUCCAUACGGUGGCUUUCUGUCCAAGUUUCUGGUAGAGGACCUGCAAAACUUUACCUAUGCAGAGAUCCACAGCAGUCACUGGGGUGUCUGUGCAUCUGAUUUGGUUCUCAGCCCAGCCUUUCUGGUUUAUGUCUACGACGUCGCUGUGUUUUUCAUGCCUCUGAUUAUUCUGUUGAUUGUGUAUGUGGAUCAGAUGUGUGUGAUGCCACGUCGUGCUGUAAUAAGCAACUCUGAGGGGCAGAAGCAGGCCUCGGGCUGGUCUCGCUCCCUGACUGUGUCCUUGUCUCUCUUGGUUGUUCUGUGCCUACCCCUACACAUUUUCAAUGCCAUUCGUCUUUUUGCCCCCAGCAAACGAUGGCCACAUUGGGUGGUUGAUGUAGCUUCUUUUUUCUUUCAGGCCUACAGCCUGGUUCCUCCACUUCUUUUUACUUACUCUGCUCCAAAUAUGGCCAGUGGAGGUGAGUCUUCGACUCUAGGAACGGCCACUUCACAGCAGAAAUUCAUACUUACAACACCACUUGAUUUUUGUCCACCUGACCCAAAAAUAGAAAGGCGAAAUGGCUCUAGGGGUGUGAAGCUGUGA